AUGCGAUGCGAUGCGAUGCGAUGCGAUGCGCUUAGGUAUACCCGCGGGACAGGAGCAAAUUGUCAAGAUAACUUAAUGGAGAAGGGUAGAAUGAAGAAGAAUCUGGGGAAAGUUCGGCAUCAGAAAAAUAGGGCCCGAGUCAUAUUUAGAUGCACGACGGAAAGGGUCGAGGUUGGCGGGAACAAGGUUUGCGGUUGCGGGCCAACUCGGCGUCCGAUGGAAAGGACAGGCAAGGCAGUUGGGAAUGCAGGGCAGAACAGGGCAUCAAAUGGCAUGUUGACCGCGACCGGCCGUCUAGCUGCCAUAUGGCUUGGACUGGGGUGUGGCAUGCGAUGGGAUGGGAUGGGAUGGGCUGACACAUGUGAAUUGACGAGAGAUCUUUGGUCACUUCUGGAGUUGGAGACUUCGAGUCAUUGGCGCAUGACGCCGGCUCCGGCUGCAGAUGUUCACAUCAGCGCGAAAAGAAAUAUCCUGUGUUUCUCCGUUUCGCAUACCGUAUUACAACUGGCCCUGUUUUUGGAGAAGGGUAUGCGGAAUUUGUCAAUUUAA